AGGAUCUACAUGAUCUACAUGAUCCCAGACGUUUCAAAGUGAAGACAACGUUUUUUUCUCGGGUGUCUUGAACUCAUUGGAGGUCGGCAGCGUUACCUACAGGAAUAUGCUCAGGAGUAUAACCGUUUUCCUCACUCGGAACAAGUGAAAAGGAGUUUCACGGAGCUGAAAGUUACCUAUUUUUUUUUUAACCCCAAAAAGCCCCUUCUUUCUUCUCGGUGUGGAUAUGGCUUGGAUUAGAUGGGGCCUCUUGUUUUCCUUCGGUUGGUUCCUCUCCCCGGUGUGUGUGUCAGCGGAGCCGCGGCAGCAGCAGCAGCAGCAGAGCCGCGGCGGCUUCAGGAGGCUGUACGUGCUGCAGCCCGGCCCGGGACCGGGGUUAGGGUCGGCCGGCGGCGGAGCAGCGGACGGAGCGGCGGUGCGAGUUAGCUCCAUCUCGACGCGUCACGGUGCGGCGGGGCAGCCGCACACGUACAACGUGGAGCUCACCCACAACUACGGCAGCCAGGUCCGUACCCGCAGGAUGGGCAACCAGCAGCUCAGUCAGCAGCAGCAGCAGCAGCCGGUCGUCCAGGCGCAGAGCCAGCAGGAGCAGCUCAUGAAGCUGUCUGGGGUGAACGUCUGUGGAGGGCAGUGCUGUCAUGGAUGGAGUACAGCUCAGGGAUCGCAGCGGUGCAUCAAGCCCAACUGCAUCCCUCAAUGCCAGAACGGAGGAAUGUGCCUCAGGCCUCAGCUCUGUGUCUGCAAGCCUGGCUCAAAGGGGAAGGCAUGCGAACAGAGGACGGUGCCCUCACACCCCUAUCCAGGACAGCCCGAGAAUGGUCCCACCAACGGGGGGCACGCCACCGGUAACUCAAACGGACACACUACUGGACACAAUGUGGUACCACAGCGGCCGAUACCUCAGCAAGGUCAUCCUAAUAGUUAUGCCUCUGCUCCCUCUCCGUCUAACAACGUGGCUCAGAUGAAACUGAGUGUCAAGUCGGCCCCCCAGCUCGUGCGACCACAUUACAUCCAACAGCACAUCCAACAACAGAUCCGGCCCGUGCCCAUGCACCCAGGUCAGAGCCAGCCGUUUGUUAUAAAGCCCAAAUACUACCACAAACACACCACGCGCACACAGACGCAUGUCCAAUCCCAACCUGAGAGGCCGAUCCCCCUGACAGUGGGACACAACCACAUCCAUGUGGGCAACCACACGGGAAGGAUUAAGGUGGUCUUCACACCAACCAUCUGCAAAUUAACCUGCGUAGGAGGCAGAUGUCACAACAACUGCGAGCUGGGAAACACCACCACCAUCAUAAGUGAGAACGGCCACGCUACAGACACCCUGACAGCACCCAACUUCAGAGUAGUGGUGUGUCACCUGCCGUGUAUAAAUGGCGGGAAGUGCAGCACCAGGGACAAGUGUCAGUGCCCUCCCAACUUUACUGGAAAGUUCUGCCAGAUGCCCGUUCAGAACAGACACCAGCAGCACCAGCAGACAUCAGGUGGCUACAGCCAAACUCAGGUCCACUCCACACAUACACUGCCUCUGACCUACAACAACGGCCAGAAUCCUGUGUUCAGCCCCAGCAUCGUCAACAUCCAUAUCAAACAUCCUCCAGAGGCCUCUGUCCAGGUCCACCAGGUGUCUCAGCUGGAUAACUACCACAACAACGGGCACCAGCUGAAAGGCCCCCAGUCAGGCUCCUCUUCAUCCACCAGCUACACCUAUCACCACACAGAGAGCCGCCAGCACCACGGCUACAACGUAGCCUAUCCUAACCAGCAUGGCUACCAGGUCCCCCAGUACCAGCCUGUCACCUCCAAGAACACACUGGGACGCUGCUUCCAGGAGACAGCAGGGAGUCAGUGUGGGAAGGCUCUGCCAGGUCUCACCAAGCAGGAGCAGUGCUGUGGGACCAUUGGGACAUCCUGGGGUUUCCACAAAUGCCAGAUGUGUCCACAGAAACCAUCUAUUCCUCUGAUAGAUUGUCCUCAGGGUUACAAGAGAAUCAACAGCUCUCAUUGCCAAGAUUUAGAUGAGUGCCAGCUACAAGGCGUGUGUCCCAAUGGAAACUGUCUAAACACCGUGGGCAGCUACAGGUGCAUGUGCAAACCCGGCUAUGUACCUGACUCCACGCUCAGCACUUGCAUAUCCAACACGCCUGCCGCCCAAGAGGAGAAGGGGGCUUGCUUCCGUUUGGUCAGCUCAGGGAGGCAGUGUUUGCACCCAGUGUCUACCCAGCUGAGCCAACAGCUCUGCUGCUGCAGUGUGGGUAAAGCCUGGGGCCCUCAUUGUGACAAAUGCCCCCCUCCAGGAACAGCUAAGUUCAAAGACAUCUGUCCCGGUGGAAUGGGCUACACUGUUCUACCAAAUCCACCUGUCAAUAAGCCGGUCACCGUUCACCAGGAGCCCAUUGACCCCGUACUCCCCCAACCCCUGCCAACACCACAGAGACCAGUGGAAGCCUUUGGGAAACCAGAAGAGAUUAUACCAGUAGCAACAACUGCACCAGAUCAGGAGCUGGUAGAUCCUGUGGUUAGUAAUAGGCUAGUUGAACCUAUCCUGCCCCAGCUAUCUCCGGGUGUAUCCACUGUCAAGAUCGAGGCAGCCUACCCAGAGGUUGUUGAGAGGAGCUCUCCACCUGCACCAGUAGAGAUCCUCCCAUCUAACGCAGGCCAGGACAUCGCUCCCACCCAGUCAGCAGAGGUGGAUGAGUGCCAGAUCAACCCUUAUAUUUGUGGCCAGGGGAUUUGUUACAACACAGCUGAGGGUUACACCUGCCACUGUGAUGAGGGAUACCACCUAGAUGACGCCCAAACCACCUGUGUAGAUGUAGAUGAGUGUUUGGAAAGCCCAUCUUUGUGCUUUCACGGUCGCUGCAAGAACACAGAGGGCAGUUUUCUGUGUGUGUGUCAGCAGGGAUUCCUCGUCGAUGAAGAGGGAACCAAUUGUUUUGAUAUAGACGAGUGCCAGGAUCAGCAGGUCUGUACCAGGGGCCACUGCCAGAACACUGAGGGCUCCUUUAUCUGUCAGUGUGGACCAGGUUUCAGAGUGUCCUCCGCUGGAGACCAUUGUGACGAUGUGGAUGAGUGUUUAGAAGAAUCCAGGCCCUGUGAGACUGUAGGGGAGUGUGUUAACAACAUGGGCUCCUACACCUGCACCUGCCCCCAGGGAUACCGACAGAUCAACGGCACCAGCUGCAGAGAUGUUGAUGAGUGUGCGGAUGAACCAGAGCUCUGUUACCCCCACGGCGAGUGUCUCAACACGGAGGGAUCCUAUCUGUGUGUGUGUGAGAGCGGAUUCACCGUCAACCACGACACGCCCUCCUGUGAUGAUAUUGAUGAGUGUGGGCUCAAUGAGACACUCUGUGGCCCUCGUGGUUUCUGUGAGAACAGACUGGGUUCCUUCCAAUGUCUCUGUGAGCAAGGCUACCAGGAGUCCCAGGAUGGCCAAGACUGUGUGGAUGUUAAUGAGUGUGAGCUGCUGAGCAGCGUGUGUGGAGAAGCCCAGUGUGUGAAUGUUGAUGGUUCCUUCCACUGCGUGUGUCCCAGCGGCCAGGACUACAACGUCAUGAUCGCCAAGUGUGAGCCCAUCGCCACAGUGUCAUCAGUGGAGCGUAAGGAGUGCUACUAUCAUCUGAGCAAUGAGAACCUGUGUGAGAGUGUGCUGACCAGCCAUGUCACCCUGCAGGAGUGUUGCUGCACACUUGGAGCUGGAUGGGGUGACAACUGUGAGGUGUAUCCCUGUCCUGUCAACGGCACAGAUCAGCUCAAUCAGAUGUGUCCAUCCGGAAAAGGUUUUAUUCCCAAUGGAGACAUACUGUAUGGAGUCCCCACAGCUGACAGCUACAAAGAUGCAGAUGAAUGUACACUGUUUGGUCAUGAGGUGUGUAAAGGAGGCUUCUGUUUGGAUACUGUGGGCAGCUACGAGUGUUACUGCAAGACCGGACAGGACUACGACGCUGCCAAACUGGAGUGCAGAGACAUCAAUGAGUGUCUGGAUGAGUCAGUGUGUGCUGGUGGACAGUGUUUGAACACAGAUGGCUCAUACAUGUGUUUCUGUACACAUCCCAUGGUGUUGGACCCCAACAGUAACCGCUGUGUCUUCAUUUCUGAGGUGGCUGAGCAACAUGAGGCUGUGCAGAUAGACUACCUGGGUAUCUGCUGGCAGACGUUGACAGAAGCUAUGGCGUGCACGCGGCCGCUAGGUCCCAACAGGAAGACCACAUACACAGAGUGCUGCUGUCUGUAUGGAGAAGCCUGGGGCAUGGACUGUGCCCUGUGUCCACCCAGAAACACCGAGGAUUAUGCAUCCAUGUGUAACCUUGACGGACGGCGGGCGUACGGUCAUGAUGCCCUUGUUGCUAGCCCAGUCCAUGAAUAUGAAGUGAGCCCAGACUAUUCACCGUCACCUGAGCAGCAGACUGUCCUGCCUUUUUACGAGAAUGAGGAGCAUCCAUUCAAGGCAUUUGAGGGUUUGCAAGCAGAGGAGUGUGGGAUACUGAAUGGCUGUGAGAACGGUCGGUGUGUCCGGGUUCAGGAGGGUUACACCUGUGACUGCUUUGAUGGAUACACCCUGGACCUGACCCACAUGGCCUGUGUUGAUGUGAACGAAUGUUCAGAGCUAAACAAUCGGAUGUCGUUGUGUAAAAAUGCAAAGUGCAUCAACACAGUGGGCUCCUAUCAGUGUUUGUGUCUGCCGGGCUUCACUGUUUCUGACAAACCCAACUACUGUGUGGAGGCAGCAACACACCAAACAUCAACACACACAGUGAACAUGGACGGACACUAGGGGGUGACAAGAGACACUAAAACCACACGCACAAGCUUGUAUUACUAUACUUGUGAGGACGUCCAUUGACAUUCAGCCUCUGCAAAAUCCUCAGCACGAACCUUAAAGUUGAACUCCCUGGUUUGUUUUAAAAUGUCCAGCAGCCCUCCCAAAUCCCAAAACACUUCACAGCUGAUCAACAAAAGUGACCCAGAGGAAAGUUAGAGAUUUGGAGUCGUAUAACGAAAUCAGGAAGUGUACCUUUAAACUGUUGAAAAGCAAUUUAUUAAUCUUUGCCCAAACUCUAAAGCAAAUCAAACCUCAAGAACAUAAACAUUGAACCUUGCCUCUGAAUUAACCUAAUCCUUAUUCUAAUCACUAAUGCAGAUACAGAUCUGCUGUUUACCAAUGUCAUGUAUUUUUACUCACUUCCUGCUAUUCCCUUCUGUUCUACAACACACUUUUUUUUUUAGAGUACUUGUGUUGUAUUGUGUUUUUCAUAAUUUUAGUGGUUUUCCAAUGUGGAGAUUUUUAAAUAAACCCUUCCUAUAUAUUACAAAAUACUCUCAAUGUUAAGGCCUAAUUUUGUAAAAAAGUAUAACAGUAUAAUUGUUAAUGAAUUUUCACAUCCUACACUGUUAACAUUGAAACUUGCUCUGGUAUAUUUGGUUAAAGGAAUAGUUUGACAUUUUGGGAUAUGCUUAGUUGCAUUCUUUCCAAGAGUUAGAUGGAAGAUUUCAUGUCUGUGCUUUAUGUACAGUUAGAGCCUAGCUUACCAUGAAGAUUGGAAGCAACUUUUAGACUGUUGGCAGUAAGGCUUAAGCUUAAGUGACAGCGCUGUACCAGAUCUCCUAAUACAACCAUGAGAAAUAUUUACCAAAAAGUAGCGUACAUGCCAGCAUGACAGCUUUUUUUCAUUCCAAUAGGAAGUUUGAAGGGUAUUAUGUAUAACAUUCAGAAACUCGCAUAAAAUGGCGAAGGGUAAAUGUAAUGUGCCAGGUAGUAAAUAAGGAGUGAUUUUGGACAUAGCCAAUGAGUGUUAAGCCACAUGCAGGUAUAAUGUUUGCAAUUUUUUCUAUCUUAGUUUUGGCAUGUUUGCAUGCUAGCAUUUGCUAAUUAACACAAAAAAUAAAUCGCGGCUGAGGCUGAUUAGGUCAUUAGUUCUGGAAGUGUGUAGUCAUAAACCAAAGUCUUGGACAAAUUAUAAUUUUUAUACUAUAUAAUAUUAUAAUUAUAAUAUUAUAAUUCUGAUACUGAAAAUCAUAAAUGUCAACCUGUUGGUGGCGCUAGAGGGAAAGUCAGAGGAUCACAAAUGUCAUAUAUCAGCCGACAUUGUCAUCCCUUGAGCCCCGCUACUAGCGUUUGCUUGAAAGAAUCCUCACAAAAUUUCCAGCAAUGUAUUUAUAGUCCUUAGUUAUUCAUAUCACUAUGUAUUUAUAGUGAUAUGAAUAACUAAAAUAUCACUUUCUUACUUGGCUCAGCAUUAGAUGGUGUCCCUGAUGAGUCAUGUUAAUUUAUGUUGAAUUAUGAUGUAUGCAUUUAGAAUUAUAAUUGUUAACAUUAAGAGGUAAAUACUAAAUCAAAGCCAAACAACUUUGACCUAAAGCUAAUCCUCAUCUUAAUACAAAAUUUUAAAUGAAAAACCCAAAGAGGUUUGGAUGAACUAGUAUGUCUUCAAGAGCUUUAUCACUUUUUUUUUUUUUUUUUAAAUCCAUGAGGGGACAUUUGGUCCUUAAAAGUAUAGAAAUACAACAAGUACACACACACACACACACACGCACACACACACACACUUACACUUACUUAAUCAAAGCUCAUAUAUUCUGCACUGUGUACACAACAUGAAACAAACAGUAAUUUACUUGAGAUGAAGAUUCAACUUAAUCUAAUAUGUGGUGCCUAUGUGGGGGAUGGAAACACAGAAUUGUAUAAAAUGUAUGUUUUGUCUGUUGCUUUUCUAAGUUUGUUUCUUAUUUUGUUUUUAAGUGGCGUUUUAUGUGUGUUAUAGAGGCCAUUUUGCUCAUUUUGACAUAUCAACAAACUCUAUGGACUUGUGCUGGGGGAUCCAGUUGUUAAUUUCUACCCAGUCAAACUGAUUGUGGAUAUUUAAUUAUGUGAAGAGACCAACUGUCUGCUCCUUCUCGUCCUCUACAGCCAUUCCUCUGUCUGCCAUAAAGAAAAGCUUGUUUCUACACUACAGCAUCACCAAAUCAUGUUAUAUGCACAUUUUAAUGUUCUAAAGAAAGAUGAUGAUGUAAAGCCUUUGGAAUAAGCUUUUUGUUGGAUUUUGUCUUUGUUUUGUAAGAAUGGUAAAAUGCAAUCAUAAAACUAGUUGUUUUCUGGGACAUAAGACAAUGCCGAGUCUCAUGUGUCUUACAAAGAACUAAAAGACUUUCUUGGUAUUUUUCCUUCCUUCAGCACAUACGUAGGGUAUGUUGAGAUGACUGAAAUGCAUUUUUAUUUUCCAUGCUUCUCUUAUUACUGAAAAGUCUUUCCAGGUUGUAAAGCUGCUAUGGGACAGCGAUGGGAGAGAAGAAACUUCUGUACAUUUAAACAAAAGAGUGGAGAAAACAGCUGAUGUAUUUGUAAUUUGUACAUGAAUAAAUAGCUUUUUCUAUGAAUUCAUAUUACAGUGUACAUUACCCCUUGUUAAUAAACCACAAAUUGGCUGGCCUGUCAGUUCUUACUGUU